AUGGGCAGGGCCUCAGGGAAGGGGCUUUGGGUUUUCUGCCCACUGCUGCGCUAUAAAAGACGCCUUCACCAUGGGAUUGGCCUCUGGAGGGAACCGGACCAACCCUGGAUGUGGACCAAUGGCACCGAAUUCAACGGGUGGUUUCCAAUAGUGGGAGGAGGCCUAUGUGCUUUUCUGAACCACAAGGCUAUUGCCAGUUCAGGCUGCUCCAGGAAGGGACACUGGAUCUGCAGCAAAGCAGCGGAGAAACCAGAAGGCCGAGGAAAGUGCCUGUGA